UAUAACAUAUAUAUGCUACUACUGAACCUUUACACGAUGAUUAAGCUUAGCGAAUUAAACAUGUUCUCAUCUUUAACCAUUUCUGUUAUUCUAGGGGUAUUAUGGGCUACCAUCCUUCUUUCCUUUGCUACAAUGAUGUUGGCAGCAGACCAAUCACCAUAUGAGUCCGAAGCCAAAGCGUUGAUAAGGAGUGGUUGGUGGAUUAGCUAUAGCAAUGAUACUCCACAACAUUGCAAGUGGGCAGGUAUAUCAUGUAAUAGUGCUGGAAGCAUCACCAAAAUUAACAUUUCUGAUGCGCCCAAUAUUGAGGUUGGAGAUAGAUUUGGGAAGUUGAAUUUCUCUUCAUUUCCAAAUCUUGUCCUUCUUGAUCUUAGUCAUUGUCCACUUGGUGGAAAAAUUCCGCAUCAGAUAGGAUAUCUAUCAGCAUUGAAGCACCUUGACUUGUCCUUUUGUGCUUUAUCCGGUAAGUUACCUCUUUCUCUAGGAAACCUAACCCAAUUAGAGUACCUUGACAUUUCCUAUAAUUGUAAUAUUAAUGGUUCCAUCCCUCCACAACUAGGAAAUCUAGUGAACCUUGUCAGUUUAAACUUGGGUUCCAACAGUCUUACUGGGAAGAUUCCUUCUGAAUUAGGAUUUUUAUCAAAUUUGGCUUAUUUGGGUCUUUAUAGCAACAAGCUUUUUGGUCCAAUACCAUUUCCCUUGUACCAUAUGACAGAUUUGGAACAUCUGUUCAUUGAUAAUAACUACCUUGAAAGAUCGAUCUCUUAA